AUGUCUCAAACAAAUAACACACAAGGCUCACAUGGAAAUAUUGCUGGUAAAGGAGGUCGUGCACGAGAUGACCCUAUUGGAACUGGUGGUAGUUCAGCUGAUGGUCAAUUGACUCAUGAAGAUCCAUUACAAGGUCUCGCCAAUGCUCAAACAGGUGUAACUACAAAAAGUACACUUGGUCAUUCGAGCAAUCAAACACCAGGUGCUGUUGCAAAUCGAGGUCAAGUCAAUCCAGAUAAUCAAGGUGGUGCUGCAUCAGAUAACACUAGUGGACAAUAA